GCGGGAGCAGGCGCUGCGGUCAGCUGAGCGGCGCCCGGCGGGUCGCGAGGGAGCGCGUCACCGUCCGGCUGCCCGGUCGCCGCCCCCCCCGGCCGGUCCUUGGCUGGCGUCGGCAUCCAGAGCUCUGGGACUGGGACAAGAUGCCAACGAAGCAGUGACCUGAGAGGAGCGGAUCCCGGAGAUCAACGCUAGUGCUACAGUUUAUCUAACACAGUCUCCACACUAGAAGCAGUGCACCAGACUCUUGAUUGUAGAGAACCUGAAGAGAGCCCAGGAUUCUGCCUCCUACGGGCAUAGCAAGAGCCCCUCAUUCUGUGCAUCUGGUCUUAUUUUCAUAUGACCCGUUGCCAUGUCCCAUCAACCUCUGAGCUGCCUGACUGAGAAGGGGGACAGCCCCUGUGAGACCCCAGGAAAUGGACCCCCCAGUAUGGUUCACCCCAGCCUGGACACAUUCACUCCUGAGGAGCUGGUGCAGCAAAUGAAGGAGCUCCUGGUUGAGAACCACCAGCUGAAAGAAGCCAUAAAGCUAAAUAAUCAGGUCAUGAAAGGACGAUUUGAGGAGCUUUCAGCCUGGACAGAGAAGCAGAAGGAAGAACGCCAGAUGUUUGAGACACAGAGCAAAGAAGCUAAGGAGCACCUGAUGGCCUUGAGUCAAGAAAAUGAGAAACUGAAGGAAGAGCUUGAGAAACUAAAAGAGAAAUCAGAAAGGCUGUUUGAAGGUUCCAUAGGUGUCUCCGGGCUUCCCAGGGCAAACCUGGAGCAGGAAGUAGAGCAGUUGAAGGCCCAGGUGAUGCGCCUUCAAGCUGAAAAGGCAGACCUGCUGGGCAUCGUCUCAGAACUACAGCUCAAGCUCAACUCCAGUGGCUUCUCGGAAGAUUCCUUUGUUGAGAUCAGGAUGGCUGAAGGAGAAGCUGAAGGGGCAGUGAAGGAACUAAAGAACAGUCCUGUACCUACAAGACCAGACUUCUUCAGCAUGACCAAAUCUACAGAAGAUGCCAGGACAUGUGUGGAGUUUGAGGAAUUAACUGUGAGACAACUCCUGCUCUGCCUAAGGGAAGGAAACCAAAAGGUGGAGAGACUUGAAUUCGCCCUCAAAGAAGCCAAAGAAAGAAUUUCAGAGUUUGAAAAGAAAGCAAAUAACCGUUCUGAGAUUGAGACCCAGACAGAGGGGAGGAGAGAAGAGGGUGAAGAGGACAAAGAGCCAGAAAGUGUUGGAAGCGAAGUGGAAAUACUGAACGUACGAGUGACAUCUCUGUUUAAGGAGCUUCAAGAGGCACACACGAAACUCAGUGAGGCUGAGCUAAUGAAGAAGAGACUUCAAGAAAAGUGCCAGGCUCUGGAGAGGAAAAACUCGGCCACGCCAUCAGAGCUGACGGAGAAGCAGGAGCUCGUGUAUAACAACAAGAAGUUAGAGCUGCAGGUGGAGAGCAUGCGCGCUGAAAUCAAGAUGGAGCAAGCCAAGACGGAGGAUGAAAAAUCCAGGCUAGCCACUCUGCAGUCAACACACAACAAGCUUCUUCAAGAACAUAAUAAUGCACUGAAAACAAUUGAGGAGCUAACCAGAAAACAGGCAGAAAAGGUGGACAAGAUGAUGAUGCAAGAACUUCAUGAAAAGCUGGAGCUGGCAGAGCGGGCUUUGGCAUCCAAGCAGCUUCAGAUGGACGAGAUGAAACAGACCAUUGCUAAGCAGGAGGAGGACCUGGAAACCAUGGCUGUCCUCAGGACUCAGAUGGAGGUGUACUGCUCAGAUUUUCAUGCUGAGAGAGCAGCGAGAGAGAAGAUUCAUGAAGAAAAGGAGCAGCUGGCCCUGCAGCUGGCGAUUUUGCUGAAAGAGAACAAUGAUUUUGAGGAUGGAGGCAGUAGGCAGUCCUUGAUGGAAAUGCAGAGCCGGCAUGGGGCAAGGACCAGUGACUCUGACCAGCAAGCUUACCUGCUUCAAAGAGGAGCCGAGGACAUGAGCUGGAGACAGCAGCAGCCACGGAGUCUUCCGAUUCACUCUUGCCCCAAAUGUGGAGAAGUUCUGCCGGACAUGGACACGCUACAGAUCCAUGUCAUGGACUGCAUCAUUUGACUGUUGUUUCAGCUCCCCAAAACUGUUGGUAAAUGCCACAUUUUCUCCUCCAAGAAUUGGACUUCUGUCUUAUUUGUUGUCACACAAAUCUUUUUGCCACAUUAUCCUUAUUUCAGGAGAAAGAAAAUGUACCCAUCCUAAGGAGAGCAUCUUCUGGACUAACAGGAAUCUAGUAGUAGAUUCUAGUUACCACCCUUCCAGUAGGAGAUCGGUGUUUUUAUGUUUACUCCUAAGACUUACAGAGAGCAGUCAGCCAGAAUGCCAUGUGUUUCGAAUGACAUAUGUUAAGAGUCUUUAUGUGGCAGGAAGAUGAGAUGUUAAGGAACCGUGUCUGGAGUGUUUUUCUAGGCGAGUCUUCACCUGCAGGUGCUUUGUUGUUUUUUUGUGUAAUUAUUUGGCUCUCUGCCUGAGCACUGAGUUUUCUAUGGCUAUCAGGCCAGAUGAGGGCUGGGAAUGUGGCUCAGGACUGGAGUGCUUUCCUACAGCUGGACAGUGUGAGGAUACUGUCGGUCUUUUUUGUGCCGGAGGUAUAAGGGCUAGUACAGCACACAGUAUAAUUUUAAACAGAACAGCUAUAUCCUUCCCAGAUGAAGUAGAAGCUUACAAACAUCAGUUAUUACAAAAUAAAAUUUCACUACAAGUCUGUCCCAUGGCUCAUAUAUGGCCAGUGACAUUGUAGUAUGUAUGUUCUGUAUUACAUUUAACUUAAUGUAACCUCAACACUGAGAUGCUUUAUUCAUGUAAACAGGAGCAGGUCCCUUCAUAGAGGGCCAGUACAUGUUCAGAUAAGAUCCCUGCUAUCAUAGAGGGCCAGGACAUGUUCAGAUAAGAUCCCUGCUAUCAUAGAGGGCCAGGACAUGUUCAGAUGAGAUCCCUGCUAUCAUAGAGGGCCAGGACAUGUUCAGACGAGAUCCCUGCUAAGCUGGUGAACAGAGUCAGGCAUGUAGUACAGAGCACACCUGCAAUUCCAGCAUAUGGGAAACUGUGACUGGAGAUCACCAGCUCAUGGCCAGCCAGGACUACACAGAAUAAACAGGGAUUCACCGUGUUUUCUGUCUAAAAGGCUAGCAAGAGCUAAACGAGUCACAAAAGUGAACAGUAUCAACUCCUAAAACAUUUAAGAGAAAAUGAGAAGAUCUGCUUUGUUGCUGUUCACCAUAAGACCGCUGGUUAAAUACACAUGUGUCUGUAUUUAAAUAGAAUCAAAACAGUUGAUUCAUUGCAAGGGAACUUACUGUCCAAGUUACAGUUAUCUCCAUGGCUGUACUCCAAGACAAUAUAACACUAUACUAGUCCGGCAGUAGGUCGGUUUGAUUCCCCCACUUGCACCCCAAGGGACAAUGUUUGUUAAUGACAUUUCUAAAAUGACUAUGACAUUUUUCUCUUCUUAUAUUUCUGGUACAAAUUUCUUUCCUAUUUUAUACUGGAUAAUGUAGAUUUCUAUAGUAUCCCAGACAGAGGAGGAAAUCUUUCUCAAUGAAGUUACUGGGAAAAUCCUUUCAUUUUGUUCAAGUAUCAUUAUCUGAUCAAUCCAAACUGUGAAAUGAGAACUCAAUGGUCUUAAUAAGACUAUGGCCAUUACAUUUGUUUGAUCAUGAAGAGGACUGCAAAUGAGGGCAAGUUCAAAUUCAGACAAUUAGAGAGCUGUCUGUAUACCAUCUUCAUAGCAGCAUUUUCUGCAGUAGCUAGAAUACAGCGCAACCUAGGUGCCAUUCACCUAGACAAAGAAAAUGCAAUACACAUAUAUAUUGAAGUAGCAGUCAGCCUUUAAAAAGAAGGGACUCUUAUAACUUUAACAGAGAUAAGCCUGGAAGACAUCAUGUCAAGUGGAAUAAGCCAGUCAUGACUUCACUUGUAUGUGAACUCUGAAAAAAAUCGAACUCAUAGAUGUUGAGAGCUGAGUGGUGGCACAUGAGGGAAGGUGUGGGAAGGGAGAGCAGAGGCUGAUCUAAGGGCACGACAUCUCAGGAGGGAUGAGCCAUAGUGAUCUCUGUACAGAAUAGUGACUGCAGUAAUUUGUAUAUUAAGGCUGUGUAGUUUUAAGGGAAUCGCCGGUUUAGUAAACAACUUGUAAAUGCUG